AUGUGGAAGCCUCCAGUGCCUCUCUCGUCCUUGCUGGAGCCGUCGCUCCUACAGAGCCGUCGCUGCCUCAGCUGUCAGCUGCGCGGCGCCUCUGCAUUCCGAUCUAGACCCUCACUCCGUCCCUAUACAACGAAAAACGACAACGGAGAGAAACCGCCGGCCCCAACGAAAGCCCCGACAAGCAGAAAAGUCCAAUUCCAGCAGAAUGCUGCCCCGCAAGCUGUUCCUCUCGAGGCGUACAAUCCUAAAGAAGACCCAGUUCCACAAUUAGACCGGCCCAUCGGUUCGGUGAUUCCGCCGCAGGAAGGUCAGAACACCGGGAUUGACCAGCGGACAUUCGGGCAGCGCCGAGAUGAUUUCCUGAAUUAUGAGAAGCAUCUUGCCAGACGUAAACAGCUGACGAAACAAGCCGCAAAGCCCUACUGGCAAGAAUGGACGAACAUGCAAUACAGCAAGGGUAAGAGCUUCAUUUCGAACCCGCGGUUAUUCAAGCGCGACAAGGCGCUUUACUUCCCCAACCUGUACGGAGCGACACUGGCCUCGCCGAAAGAACCGCAAAACACCACAUCCAUUCUCCGCGGCAAGGUCACUGUCGUGAACCUCUUUUGUAGCGUUUGGGCAGAAAGCCAGGUCGCCACAUUCACCGGCCCGCAGUUUAAUCCCGGUCUUUACGAAGCGUUCAAGGAGGGCGGUCAGCUUGUGCAGAAGGUCGAUAUCAAUUUUGAGGACAACAUACUCAAGGAAUGGCUAAUUCGCCUGUUCAUGUGGCGGAUGCGGCAGAAGUUGCCCAAGGAACAACAUUCGAGGUACUUCAUAGUGCGCAAGGGUCUUGAUGAUGGCCUCAAGCAGGCUAUCGCUAUGUUAAACAGCAAGGUUGGAUACGUGUAUCUCCUGGAUGAGAACUGCCGUAUUCGAUGGGCAGGUAGUGGACCUGCUCAGCCCGCCGAACUGGAGAGUCUAAACAAUGGCGUCCAUAAGCUGAUCCAGGAGCGCAGGAUCACUAUGGGAUCUGAUCUACCUACGCGGUAUUCGCAGGUGACAGGAAAUGGACCGAAGAAGGCCAGGGUUGUCGAGCAUAGCCGUUGA